AGAUUUGAUGUGGAGCGUUCAGAGCUCCAGUUUGUCCCGACUCCAUCUGUUGGGACGUUGGUGCGAAGCAGCCGAAUUAAGCCUCAGUCAAAACAGGAGAAUUUCACAAUAGGAGAGAUAGUUACUGCUAAGAGUCCACCUGGUGGUGACAUGGAGAACAGGUCAGAGGAGAGGCUACAUUCAAGAAGUGAUGAUGAAUGUUCUGACCAUAGUCUGACCAAGUCGUCUUCUAGAACCCCACCUAUAGAGGGCGGUAAUCAGGCAGGUCCUCCUCACCUCAUAGAAGUUCCAUCUGAGCCGUAUAUAUUUAAGCAAACUAAGCCUGAUUCAAGGAAAGGUAAAGAAAUCCAAGAACCCAAACCAACAGAAAUUAAGAGUCACAGUGACCUACCGUUCAGACCUCUCCAGUCAACCCCUGGAUAUAACCCUUUCUCAACAUCAGAGGUACCUAUAUCAGUAGGAAGCACUCAACAGUCACCCCAGGAUAAAUCACAAAGCAUAAAACCAGUGGGCAAAUCAGUUGACACAGACAAUUCCCUUGAUAUAAGGGACGCCAAAUCUGAGAUUACAAUAUUGUCCUCAUUUGUAAAUCCUUCUCUUGUUGUUGCUUCUAUGAAUGACAAGGUUGAAUUAUCCAUUACCCCAGCAGAAAACAGGAGCAUGGACAAAGAUGUUAUCAGGAAUUUAAGCAAGGAUCUUUACCCUGACACUAAGGUGGUUGGUGGUGACACUCAUCACACAGAAAAGGAUCAAAGUCGAUUUACAGGCCAGACUCAUGAAAAAACCCCUAAGGAGGUAAAAUUAACCAGUGACAUUUCACAAGGUAUGUCAGAGGAGCAUAUGUUAGUUGUUGAGAAUACAGAGUUCCAGUUUGUGCCAACUCCAUCUAUUGGGUUGUGGGAGGGAGGCGGCCGAAUUGAGCCUCAGUCAAAACAGGAGAAUCUCACAAUAGGAGAGACCGUUUCUACUAAGAUUCCAUUUGUUGGUGACACACAGAACAGGUCAGUGGAGAAACUAAAUGCUGAAAGGGAUGUUGAACGUAAGUCGUCUUCUAGAACCCCACCAGUAGAGGGUGGUAAGCAGGCAGGUCAACCCCACCUCAAAGAGGUUCCAUCUGAGCCUUACAUUCUCAGGCAUCCCAAACCAGAAGAGGCUCGGAGCCACAGUGAACUGCCCUUUAGCCUGCUUCAGUCAACACCUGGCUAUAACCCGUUCUCUACAACAGAUCAAUCUAUGUCUGUAAGAAGCCCCCAACAGUCAGCCGGAGAGAAAUCACAAAGCAUAAAACCAAUGGACCAGCCAUUUCUCAAGGAUGAUUCCCAUGCCAUAGGGGAAGUUAAAUAUAAGAUGACAACAUUGUCCUCACCUGUAAAUCCUCCUGUUGUUGUUGCUUCUGUAAAUGAAGAGGUUGAAUUAGCCAUCACACCAGCAGAAGACAGUGACGAGGCCGUCAACAAUUUGAAAAAGGAUCUUUACCCUGACACUGAGGUGGUUGGGGACAAGAGUCAUGACACAGAAAAGGAUCAAAGAGUAUUUCCAGAAGUCUUGGAUGUGAGAAAGUUGGAGCAUGUUCAGAUCCCUGUAAAGGUGGAAAGAGAAGAGUCUACAGAAUCACAGAGUGAAGCAAUAGUUAAAGCACCAAUUGCAGUAAAUGUAAAAGAGAUGGAAAGGCCUAAAGAAGAAGCCACAUCAGAAACCAAAAUGUUUUUAAUUGCAGAUUCUGUUGUCACCAAGUCAUCAAAAGUCCCUGCUGAGGUUUCCACACAACAAGCCAAUCAGGAAGCUGGGAAAUAUCCCAUCCCCACCAUACUGCUCAAUUCAUCUCAGUCUCCAAUAACAGAGGAAGUUAAAGGUUUAGGAAAUCGGAGAAAAGUUCUGGAAGUUUCUUCCGUGAGUGGCUCAUCACUGGGAAACUUGGAGAAUGAGACUGUGGACUCAGAUGACGACCACACCUCAGUUUCUAGCCAAGGCUCAGACUUCUCUGACAGACAAGGGUAUGGCAGUACCUUGUCCUUAUCACACUCUGGGCGCACUGGCAGUAUGCUAAGUGUGUACAGCGAUGCCGGGGAUUUUGGGAAUGUGACAGUCCAGGGGGCUGUGGAGUUUGCCCUGAGGUACAGCAAGGAAGGAGAGUUCAUUGUCACUGUGGAACAAUGUCUGGAUCUGGCGUUCGCUAAUGCCCGCAAAAAACGGACAGACCCAUAUGUAAAGACCUACCUCCACCCUGACAAAUCGCACAGCAGCAAGAAGAAGACCUCGAUCAAAAAACGAACUACCAACCCAGUCUAUGGUGGAGAAACACUCAAAUAUAAAAUAAAGAUGGAGGAGCUGAAAGGCAGGACCCUCAACCUGUCUGUCUGGCACAACGAUUCCCGAGGUAGAAAUGUGUUUCUGGGUCAGGUGGAGAUCAACCUUAAGACCUGGGACUGGGGCCAUGAGGCCCUAACCUGGUACAACAUGCAACCAAAGAGUUCUGAGGGUCAAGAGGUCUCUGAGAACCAUGGAGUGUUGACGGUUGCUCUGAAAUACCUUCCCCCUGGAUCAGCAGGCAUUGCCAGGCCAGACUCAGGGGAGAUCCACGUGUGGCUGAAGGAGGCCAGGGAGUUGCGGAAGCUCAAGGCUCAGGGCGUGGAUUCCUUUGUCAAGUGUUACAUGCUGCCAGACACGAGCAAGAAGAGCCGCCAGAAGACCCGCGUGAUGAAGAAGAGUCAGGAGCCGGUGUAUAACCACGCCAUGGUGUACGAUGGCUUCCGUGACGACGAGGUCAGAGAGGCGUGCUGCGAGCUGACUGUCUGGGAUCAAAACAAACUGUCCAAUCAGUUCCUGGGAGGGGUCAGACUUAGCUUGGGCACCGGGCAAAGCUAUGGCAAAAAGGUGGACUGGAUGGACUCAUGGGACCAAGAGAUUGGGCUGUGGGAGAAGAUGCUAGCCAGUCCAACCAGCUGGGUGGAGGGAGAGAUGCCCCUUCGCUCCGCUAUGACUCCAAGGAAAAAGAGCCUUCGUUAGGUGAUGGGACUGUGAAAUAAAGAUUGAUACAUGUUAAACUUUGCCAAUCUCAGAUGGUUGUGAUCUAGAUGUAACAAUAAAAUAAUUUAGCAAUGAA